AUGAUCAAGGGGAAGGACAUAUACAAUGUUAUUGCAGGCAUUGUGCCCUUGUACGUGGCCAUGUUCUUAGGUUAUGGCUCAGUUCGGUGGUGGAAGAUCUUAACGCCGGAGCAAUGCUCCGGCGUCAACCGUUUCGUGUCGAUGUUCGCGGCCCCUUUCCUGGCAUUUAAGUUCAUAUCGGCCAACAACCCUUACAAGAUGAACUUCAAGUUCUUGGCGGGAGACUCGUUACAAAAGGUUUUCGUUAUGGUUGUGCUUUAUAUAUGGAAUCUAACGAGAUUCGGGAAUAUGGACACAGGCAUAAUUAUCUAUGCCCUUUUUGCUUUGCCUAAUACCCUAGUCAUGGGUAUUCCCUUAAUGGAAGCAAUGUACGGAAAAUUCUCUACACCUCUCAUUACUCAAAUUGUUGUCUUGCAAAGCGUCAUAUGGAACACCGUCUUGUUGAUUCUGUUCGAGUAUAGGGCGGCUAAAAUCCUCAUCCAAGAGCAAUUCCCCGACAACACGGCCGCUAUUGCCACAGUGACAAUAGAUCCGGACGUGGAGUCCCUAGGCGGGGAGCCCCUGCAAGCUGACACGGACGUGGGACAUGACGGGAAGCUUCAUGUGGUGGUGAGAAGAUCAGCAUCCGUAUCAUCUAAUAAUACAUCUUACAAGUCUUUUGAAUUGCCUUCCUCAGGCUUAUCUAGGGCUUCUUCAAGUGUUAGUGAAAUCCAUUCUAUUUACUCCGCUAGAGAAACCCCGUUAAGAUAUCCAAGCUUUGAGAGUCCUCAUAUUAUUAAUUUGCCAAAAAGCAUGUCCGUUGGUACUAUUUUGGAAGAGGAUUUGAAGAGGCCAAAGAAAUUCUGGGGUGGAAGUCGCAAAAAUAAUAGUAGAGUUUCCUCUAUUUGUACCAAUGACGACAGUAUUGGAUCUUCUAACGGUGUUGUUGUUCUUCCACACCACAGUGCUGCCUCCAGAGAUGAGCAUGAUGAAUUGACUGAAACUAAAGAAAAUUCGAGAAGUUCUUUAAGUGGGAGCUGGAAGAAGAUGGAGAAUAUUGAAGAAAAUGUUGAAAACAAGAAGAAACAAAUGCCAUCUGCGAGGGUCAUGACGAAGCUCAUUACAGUAAUGGCUUAUAGGAAGCUCUCAUGGAACCCUAAUACAUGGGCAAGUGUUGUUGGCAUCACGUGGUCCCUCAUAGCAUACAGGUGUCACAUCAAAAUGCCGUCCAUAAUUGAAGGUUCCAUUACAAUAGUGUCAAAUACCGGUUUGGGUAUGGCUAUGUUUAGUCUAGGUCUAUUCAUGGCAUUACAACCAAAGAUCAUUGCUUGUGGAAAAAAGUGGGCAGCAAUUUCUAUGGGUGUUAGGUUCUUGGCUGGUCCGGCACUGAUUGCUGCAACCUCAGCACCAAUUGGUAUCCGUGGAGAUCUUUUACGAGUUGAAAUUAUUCAGGCUGCUCUACCCCAAGGUAUCAUUCCCUUUAUAUUUGCUAAAGAAUACAAUCUUUAUCCAGAUAUCUUCAGUACUGCGGUUAUCUUCGGAAUGGUGGUUGCAUUGCCCGUAACAAUAAUAUACUACGUGCUUCUUGGGCUUUAA